AUGUCAACAUUCCCCACCCAGGCAACCGCCAACGGCAGCACGUCAAUGGCCCCCACUUUCCUGUUGGUGGGCAUGCCAGGCCUGUCAGCUGUACCCUCCUGGUGGACAAUACCCCUCAUCACUGUCUACUUUCUCUCUGUCUUGGGCAAUGGUACUAUCCUCUGGAUCAUUGCCCUGGAGCCCACCUUGCACCGCCCCAUGUACUUCGUCCUCUUCCUGCUUAGUGUGUCUGAUGUUGGCUUGGCCUCAACUCUGAUGCCCACCCUGUUGGGUCUUGCCCUUGCUGAUGCUCAUGCUGUCCCUGCCUCAGCCUGCCUCCUACAGAUGUUCUUUGUCCAUGUCUUUUCCGUUAUGGAGUCCUCUGUCUUGCUUGCCAUGGCCGUAGAUCGGGCACUGGCCAUCUGCCGCCCUCUCCACUACCCAACACUUCUCAACAAUGGCGACAUUAACAAGAUUGGCCUGGCCAUUGCUUCCCGAUGCCUGGGUCUCCAUCUGCCCCUGCCGUUCCUCCUGGCCCACAUGCCCUACUGCCACCCACAAGUCCUGACCCAUUCUUAUUGUUUGCACCCAGAUAUGGCCCGUUUGGCCUGCCCAGGAGCUUGGGGUGCAGUUUACAGCUUCUUUGUGGUCCUGUCAGCCAUGGGAUUGGACCCCCUACUUAUUUUCUUCUCCUAUGGCCUGAUUGGCAGGGUAUUGCAAAGUUUGGGGUCCAGUGAAGAUCGUUGGAAGGCUUGCCAAACCUGUGCUGCCCACCUCUCUGCUGUCCUCCUCUUCUAUGUGCCCAUGAUCCUCCUGGCACUAAUUGACCGUCUUAGAGUGCCAAUCCCUCAGCCUGCACAUACACUUCUCUCCUAUGUCCACUUCCUGCUUCCUCCACUGGUAAACCCUAUUCUCUAUAGUGUCAAGAUGAAGGAGAUUAGAGAGAGAAUUAUUAAGAGGUUGUACUCCAGGAAGGUGGGUUGUGCUUAG